AUGAAGACAUUCCACGCUGUGGCUGCCUUGACCGUGGCAGCGGCCUCGGCCGUUCAGGCCAUGAUCACCUGCGACUCCAACAACCCUUGCCCUUCAAGCGCUCCUUGCUGCUCUUCAUAUGGAUUCUGCGGUGUUGGCGCCUACUGUCUGGGAGGAUGUUACCCCAAGGACUCUUUCAGCAUGGACUCUUGCAUGCCCGCGCCUGUCUGCGAGUCGUCCGACUACGACUUUAACAACAUGAACGGCUUCAUUGAGAACACGGAAUACUUGGGCGACCCGUCAAGCGGCAAUUGGGUCUUUUCUGGUGACCCGCUGAUGUACAACAACGAGGCUGUCUUGCUCACCAUGACUGAGGACUCGUCUGGUACUCUUCUCAGUAGCACACGCUAUGUCUGGUACGGCAAGAUGAGCGCCACCAUGAAGACCAGUCGUGGUGCCGGUGUUGUCACUGCCUUCAUCAUGAUGAGUGACGUAAAGGACGAGAUCGACUUUGAAUUCAUUGGUACCGAUGUUCAGACUGCCCAGAGUAACUACUACUUCCAGGGUAUCACUGAUUACGGAAACGAAAAGAACCUUUCUUCUCCCAACACUGACUCUCAAUGGCACACUUACACAAUCGACUGGCAACCCGACUCGCUCAGCUGGGAGGUUGAUGGCAAGGUCCUUCGUACUCUCUACCGCAACGAGACCUACAACGAGACUGCCGGCCAGUACCACUACCCUCAGACUCCUUCCAGAGUUCAGUUCUCUUUGUGGCCUGCUGGUAAGGCUGGCAACGCUCAGGGUACUAUCGAGUGGGCUGGUGGUGAGAUUGACUGGAGCAGUCCUUACAUGCAGAACGGAUACUACUACGCCAUGGUCAAGGACGUUACCGUCGACUGCUACAACCCUCCUGCUGGCUACAACAACCAAGGCAACAAGGCUUACUGGUACGAGAACAAGUAUGGAACCAACGACACCGUCGUCGUUGGCAACAACGGUACUACCUUGUCAUCGUUCCUUGCCACUGGUGAAGAGCCCAAGAAGGGUGCCAGUUCCAGCGCAAGCAACACUGCUACCAAGAGUGGCGGCAAGUCUUCUGCUUCAUCCUCUGCAACUGCUCAGCCUGAGACUAUUCCUGGUGUUUCCGGUGGUGGUUCGCGCGAGUCUGGCAGUGAUGUCGCCAGCGGCUCUGGCUCAUCAUCAGGCAGCAGUGGAUCGUCUGGCUCGUCGGGCUCUUCUGGAUCUUCCGAUUCUGGUGCCAACACUGGAUCCAGCUCCUUCUCUCAGGGACUCGAGACUGGCAGCGGUACCAACGAUGGCAACAGAGUUGUUGCCGGCAGCCUUGUCGCGCUCGUGGCCUUCUUUGCCGCAGCUAUGAUGCUUUAA